AUGCAACCAUGGGCUGCAGGGGUUGCAUUUAGUCUCAAUAUCCCAUCAAUUAAAUUUUGCGUUACGAGUAUAGCUAUGUGCUGCUAUUUUGGUCAUUUUCUUCUUAAAACAGAGGUGGAAUUUCCUUUCUCCGCGCUCUAUCUCAAGGAUCACGAGAGAGAUAUAACGCGUCCCUAUGACGUUGAAGUGAAGGAAGAAUUGGGCGAAAACAGAGCAAUCAUGUUGGUGAAUAGCUCUAGGGCAAUAGAUGGAAAGUACAUUGAGUAUCUUUCGGAAAUUGGAAAAACAGAGAUUCUACCAACUGGAGUAGUUGUUCAAGAUAUCGCCAUUAAUGAUGAAGAGAUGGAAAUCGUUAAGUGGCUUGGGAAUAAAAAGGAGAAUUCAACGGUUUAUGUUUCGUUUGGGAGUGAGAAUUUCUUAACAAAGGAAGAAAUGGAAGAGGUAGCGUAUGGAUUAGAGGUUAGCAAUGUUCAUUUCGUAUGGGUUGUAAGGUUUCCAAAAGAAGAACAAGUCGUAAACCUAGAAGACGUACUUCCUCAAGGUUUUCUUCAAAGAAAUAUCGGAGAAAAGGGAAGGAUAAUUGAACGUUGGGCUCCACAGACGAUAAUUCUAAAGCAUCCAAAGUUUGGUGUCCCAAUCAUAGCGUUGCCUAUGAACUUUUACUCCGAUCAGCCUCUGAAUGCUAGAUUGAUCGUGGAAAAUGGUGUAGGUGUUGAGAUGGCUAGAGAUGGAUAUGGAAAGAUUCAUAGAGGUAAUGUAGCUGAGACUAUCAAAGAUGUGAUUUUUGGUGGAAGAAAUAUCGGGGAGGAUUUGAGGAGGAAGGUGAAAGAUCUUCGCGAAAAUAUAAAAUUGCAGAGAUGGAUGGAGUUGUUAACGUGUUAA